AUGACAAACCAACCCCUCCAAAAGGUGCUAAGGAGGCCGCAAUUGUCGGGGCGGUUGGCUAAAUGGGCCGUAGAGCUGGGGGAACACUCCUUGGAGUUCAAACCCAGAACAACCUUGAAAGGACAAAUACUGGUCGAUUUCUUAGCAGAAGUUCCUGAGGAUGAAGAGAAAGAACUUCUAAAAUGGGAGGCCUUGGAAAGGGAAGAAAAAGGGAAGGAAGAAGAGGCUGUGUGGAAGCUACUCACAGACGGGGCCUCUAGUGAAGAAGGGAGUGGAGUGGGCAUCACGUUAACAAGCCCUGAAGGAGUUGAGCUAACCUACCCCAUCAGGUUAGAUUUUGAAAACACCAACAACACUGCGGAAUAUGAAGCCCUCUUGGCAGGAAUGAGGCUGGCCAAGAAAAUGAAAGCGAAGCAUGUAGAAGUCAGUACCGACUCGCAGUUAGUGGUCAAACAAUACCAGGGGGAGUAUGAGGCAAAAGACAACACCAUGGCUCAGUAUGUAGCGAAAGUAAAAGAGACAGCCGAAGCUUUCAAGACCUUCAAGUUAGAACACAUCCCCCACGGGAGAGACAGAAAAACUGAUGCCCUCAGCAAACUGGCCUCUGUGGCAUUUUACCAUCUAGCCAGAGAAGUCAAAGUGGAGGUGCUGACCUCCCCCUCUCUCAGUACAGAAGAGGUGGCUGCAGUCGAAGACGCACAAGAAACAUGGAUGACACCGAUUACAAAAUUCCUCAGAGAUGGGACGUUACCCGAAGGAGACUGGGCAGCCAGGAAAGUAAGAGUCAAAGCCUUACAAUAUGAGCUUGUUGAUGGAGAACUUUACCGAAGAUCAUACCUAGGCCCAUCCUUGAAGUGCAUCGACAUGGAAGAAGCUAAGUAUGUGAUCAGGGAAAUACAUGAGGGGAUCUGUGGAAUGCAUUCGGGGCCAAGGACGGUAGUAGCAAAGGCAAUGAAUGCGGGAUUCUAUUGGCCUCGAAUGUAUGAGACAGCCUCUGAGGAGAUCAAGAGAUGUGACAAUUGCCAGGUCCACGCACCAAUGACUCGUCGCCACAAGCACCCCAUGAUAUCCGUCUCAACGUCUUGGCCCUUCCAAAAGUGGCACAUAGACAUAAUCGGGCCAUUCCCAGAAGGUCCAGGACGGGUCAAAUAUGUGGUUGUUGCCAUCGAUUAUUUAACAAGUGGAUAG